CCCCAGAUCACGUUUGCCACUAGCAGCCAACCAGUCGAGUCUGACUCCGCGGGCCACGAGCGAUUGGGGGCGAGCGAGCUCGGCCCCACAGUCCCUCGACCGAGUCGCCCCCGCUCGGGCCCGAGGCGGUUUAUCCUGCCCUCCCCGGCCACCUCCCCCUCGGGGAAGCAGAGCAGCGGCCUCGCUGUAACGCAGAGGCGAAAUGUAGCGAGCCGGGCGUCGCGGCUGGACGCUCGCCUUGGCUGGGGGUGUGGGGGGGCACGCGAGGGGCCGAGGAGGACUGCCGAGGAAGAGGAGUGAUGAGAAGUGGGGGAACCCUGCACCCCCCGAGACCACGGGCCCCUGCUGCCACUCGCCAGGUGCCCCCCUUCCUCUCAAGCGAGAGGCAGGUGUUCCAUACAGGUUCUCGUGACUUGAAGGACCAGCGAUUUGGGGAGGUACAAGAUCUUCCCCGGAAGGAAGGAAAUCUCUGGAAGAUAAGGGGAAGACUGCAGACAUUGCCCUGGGACCAGCAGAGCCCAAGGAGCUGCGCGAAGCUUAAGGAGGCCGGCCAGAGGCGUGGAAAGGAGUCGCAGCCCCAGGCCCAGGCGGCCUCCUAAACGACUUGACCUCAAUCUGCUUUUCAUGAAAGAAGUGCCACCUCAGAGGGCACCCCAGGUUUGGCUGGGUUCUUCCACUCUGGAUGCCCCCUGCUCUGAGGAGCCUGUUGCUGAGAACCAAAGAAGAUAAGAGGCCAGAUAAAUUUCCCCUCAGCCCGGCGUUGGCCGGCGGGAGUCAGGCAUCUGCACCCCUAGUGGCUGACUGUGGGGUCUGGUGAGAAGUUGCUGGUUCCCUCCAGCUUGCGGCUUCAGUGCUUGAUGGGGCUGCCUGUCGGUAGAUCAGUUUUUGUAGAGCCUGGUAGGAGCAGAGAGCCGUGGGAAGAGGUCCUACGGCGCCCAAGCCUGGGUUCACCCCAAGACUAAGUUCUUUCCUGAGUUAGAUAGGGAGAGAGAAAGCAAAAAAAGAGAGAGAGGAAAUUUCCCCUUUUCCCUCCUCCCUUCCCGUCAUGUCCUCUAAGUCAGAGCCGAAGGACGUCCACCAGCUGAACGGGACUGGCCCUACUGCCUCACUCUGCUCUUCAGAUGGCCCCGGGCGAGAGCCCUUGGCCGAGACCUCUGAGUUCCUGGGGCCUGAUGGGGCUGGGGUAGAUGUGGUGGUGAUUGAGUCUCGGGCCAACGCCAAGGGGGUUCGGGAGGAGGACGCCCUGCUGGAAAACGGGAGCCAGAGCAAUGAAAGUGACGACGUCAGCACAGACCGUGGCCCCGCACCACCCUCCCCGCUCAAGGAGACCUCCUUUUCCAUCGGGCUGCAAGUGCUGUUUCCCUUCCUCCUGGCAGGCUUUGGGACUGUGGCUGCAGGCAUGGUGCUGGACAUUGUACAGCACUGGGAAGUCUUCCAGAAGGUGACGGAGGUCUUCAUCCUGGUGCCUGCACUGCUGGGGCUUAAGGGGAACCUGGAAAUGACCCUGGCUUCAAGGCUUUCCACUGCAGCCAACAUCGGGCACAUGGACACACCCAAGGAGCUCUGGCGGAUGAUCACUGGGAACAUGGCCCUCAUCCAGGUGCAGGCCACAGUGGUGGGCUUCCUUGCAUCCAUCGCAGCUGUCGUCUUCGGCUGGAUCCCAGACGGGCACUUCAGUAUCCCACACGCCUUCCUGCUCUGUGCCAGCAGCGUGGCCACAGCCUUCAUUGCCUCCCUGGUACUGGGUAUGAUCAUGAUUGGGGUCAUCAUUGGCUCUCGCAAGAUUGGCAUCAACCCAGACAAUGUGGCCACUCCCAUUGCUGCCAGCCUGGGCGACCUCAUCACCUUGGCACUGCUCUCAGGCAUCAGCUGGGGACUCUACCUGGAGCUGGAUGACUGGCAGUACAUCUAUCCCCUGGUGUGUGCCUUCUUCGUGGCCCUGCUGCCUGUCUGGGUGGUGCUGGCUCGACGGAGCCCAGCCACAAGGGAGGUGUUGUACUCGGGCUGGGAGCCUGUCAUCAUUGCCAUGGCCAUCAGCAGUGUGGGAGGCCUCAUCUUGGACAAGACUGUCUCAGACCCCAACUUUGCAGGGAUGGCUGUCUUCACACCUGUGAUUAAUGGUGUCGGGGGCAAUCUGGUGGCAGUGCAGGCCAGCCGCAUCUCCACCUUCCUCCACAUGAACGGGAUGCCAGGGGAAAACUCUGAGCAAGCCCCACGCCGCUGCCCCAGUCCUUGUACCACCUUCUUCAGUCCUGAUGUGAAUUCUCGCUCCGCCCGGGUUCUCUUCCUGCUCGUGGUUCCAGGACACCUCGUGUUCCUCUACACCAUCAGCUGUAUGCAGGGCGGGCACACCACACUCACACUCAUCUUCAUUGUCUUCUACAUGACAGCUGCACUGCUCCAGGUGCUGAUUCUCCUGUACAUCGCAGACUGGAUGGUGCACUGGAUGUGGGGCCGGGGCCUGGACCCCGAUAACUUCUCCAUCCCGUACUUGACAGCGCUGGGGGACCUGCUUGGCACUGGGCUCCUAGCACUCAGCUUCCAUGUCCUCUGGCUCAUUGGGGACCGAGACACGGAUGUCGGGGACUAGCCUGGGCACUCAACCUUCUCCCACCCCUCUGCACUUUCUCUUUGAAAUUUUUUUCUUUUGUUCCCCUUCCCCCAAUCCAUUCCAAACUCCCACCUCUUUCUAGGACUUCACUUUGAUACUGAAUUCUCAUUAUUUUCAAUGGGAAUUUUUAUACAUUGAGCCAAGUUUGUAUAGCAAGAAUUCAGGCAGGACAGAUAGACUGAGACAAGCAGUACAAGUAGAUUUUUGAGACAAUCACCAAGUGCAAUUUCAUGGUGGGUGCCUCCAGGUGAGGUGGAUUGGGGCAGGAGUUUCUGGGGAUCUAGGGACAUGCUUUAGCCAACUUAGUCUUGGCCCUAAUGAGAAACCCUUUGUGAGUGGGCUCUGGUAUUUUUGUUUUCCUUUUGGUUGCACAGAGGGAUAAAGAUCUCACACACACACACACACUUUUUUCUAGAAUUGGACCAACUUCAAAGCACUAGGCAAGAGACCCAUAUGAUCCUAGCCCUGUUUUCUGCCCUCUGGACCUAGGCCCUCUGCUCUCAAAAACAUUGAGGUGGACUGGCUAUUUGAAUUGUGCACAUGCCCCUUACCCGAUUGCCUGGUAAGCACCACCCACCCCUCCCAUUGAUCUGUUUUCUGACUGAUUGGUACAGCCAGGAAGAAAUGAGCACUGGCCUGCUUCCCUUGCUGACCCAUGUCCACUCAUAGGUUUGCCAAGAUCCCAGAGAACCGAUUCUUUAUCUCUGUUCAACCUGCAUCUCUAAUUGUCUCUAAGCACUACCUUCCCCAGAGCUUGCCAGGUUGGGUUCCGAGAUUAGGGAUGGGAAUGGGUAUGUGGAAAAUGGUUGGGAGGUUGAGGACAACCAGGGGGUUUUCACUACUGCUGUUUCUCCUGAGGACACAAUCACGUGCUCACCUUAGACUGUCACUUCCCAAAAUCACUCUGACAUGCCAUGGAGGUCAGUUGUCCUUUCCCUUGGCUUCUGCCUACAUUCAUCAUUCACUCACUUAGCAAAUACACAGCCUCCCCAAGAGGAGCGCUUCUGCAGGCAUGGUCUGAAACAGUCAUUGAACAAUAUUUAUUGAGUGCCUACUAUGUAUUACGUACUGUGCCAGGCUAGCCAGUGGUAAGGGAAACACAGCUCUAACCUCAUCUCAUUCCCCAGAUAAAGGCUACAUGCUCCUUUCAAUCUGGCAGAGAGUCUCCUCGCUGUAAGUAUUUGCAUUUAUAGCACCAGGCCAAGUUCUGCCUCUGGCUCUCCCUCCUAGACCCCACCUCUGUACAAUGCCAACCACAGCUAGAGCCCCCAGCCCCAUGGCGCAACCGGUGUGCAUUUCCCUAAAUGACCCUUCCUCACCUUCCCAACCCUCCACCUCCUCACCAGCCACCCAAAGGAGGAUUCAGAAAUAGACUGGACAGCAACCAGCCGCCUCUAUUUUUCUCUGCCUAGCACAGAUCGGGAGAACACUGGAGUCUCUGUAUCUUACCCACAUGUUACUCCAAACAGAUCUGUCCACACUCACACAUGUACAAAUACUGGUAUUUGAAUGCAGGGUUUUUUUCUAACCUCUUUGUCCACAGACUCCCCAGAAAUUCUCCCCUCUGUCACCUAAAGGGCCCAUCUCCAGGGGAGGGCCAGGGAAUGAUCUUGUCUCUGACAAACACCGUGCCUCAUUUCAAGAACUUGCCCCAUACCGCCAAACUCUCUUCUCUUCUCCCUCCAUGUCCACCCAGACCACCUUCUGGAGUCUAGAACCUUAGAAUUGGAAGGAAUUGUAGAGGUUAUCUAGUCAGAGUAUUGUCCAGCAGAGAUCAUUAACACCAGCCUGGGCUUGUUUCUGCUCCUCCCUCAGGCCUUCUUUCAUCUUUUCCUCCACCUCCAAACAUGUUUGCACACACUCUUCUUGUACAGGCACUAAAACCAACUCCUCUGCCCUGGAGGCUGUGCCCUGUGAUCUCCAGUUACCCCUGACCAGUCACUUACCCCUUCCUAAUCUCUGGAGUUUGACCAGGCUGCCCUGGAAGACUCCGGAGCACCCUCCUUUGCCGAAAAAGCAGGAAGGUAGGCGUGCCCCCAGCCCCGAGUGUGUGAGCAGAGGGAGGACUGGGGUGAGACGGGAAGAAAAUGAAGUUGACUUUCGUGGAAGAUUCUUUUCCCCUGAUUGCACAAACUGCAUGUACUUUUGGCCUGGCUGCAAGGAGCGACAUUGGUUUACUCUUGUAUCCUUAAAAAGUUACAAAACUGUGUCUUAAGAGAAUUAUUUAUAGUUACUAUAACUGAAUUGACAAAUGUCAACAUAACUGAUAAAUUAUAUUUGGUAAAUAAAGAGGACGUUUAUUUAG